AUGUGACUCCCCCGAGUUUCAGCUGCUGUUUACCUGACAGUCUCUGGUUCCGGUCCUCACUAACAUGUUUGAAUUAAAAUGUCUCCUCGGUGGACACUGAUCCCUCCGCCGGUGUAAAUAGUUCCCAUUUACCGGCUGAAGAUGUUGGAGUCUCCCCGGCUGGAGGACACCUCCAUAGAGGUCUGUGUGAUCCCGGAGAACCAGCACUGUGGACGGGUACAGGACAUCCAGAAAGCGCAGCUGGCCCCCGGAUCCUCUCUGCUCGGGUGUCUGGAGGCCCGGGGGCGGCUGGUGGUGUGGGACCCGGCCGACAGAGAGGCUCCUCCGGCGGCUGUGGACGGGAGAUACACCGAGUGAGUCUGAGGACCAGGGUCCUGGUUUUAGAGAAACUCUACAAUAAAGAGUCACACAGAGAAUACGUUAGUGUAAUCUAAUAUUGUAGAUCUAUGUUUACACAACAUAGAUCUAUGAUAUUAGAACAUUAACCUGCCCUCAGUCUAGUUUAGUCCACUCAACAUCUGUCAUGGUGCUGACUGCUGGUCAGACUAGGAGGUCCAGAAUCCAAGGUGCUUCGGGUUUUCCUCAGUCUGCUGGUCUACUGUGUUUUAUCAGGUCCAGGGUCAGAGCAGCCUAAAGUCGACCAGGAAGUUCUAGAGACCCUCACGGUCUAUCAGCUGAGGAGAUCCUGAUGAACUUUAACCUUUGUGAAGAUGGAUCUGGUUCUGGUUCUGAGUGAAUCCACCUCUGGGUUUCCUGGUUCCUGGUUCUUUGAUUCUUGCUGGUUUUUAUUUUAGAGAAUCUCUAAACCUGCGGUUCUCAGCUGGUCUCACUCUAGGAUCCACGUUUUCCCAUGAUCCUUCAGUCACGACCCACUUUUAUAAAAUUCAAACCAAGAAAAUUUAUUUUAUCAUAAAUAAAAACCUUUAAAGACUCAAAUCUUUGACAUAAAUUCACCGUUUUUAGUGAGUGAAGUGUAUUUCAGAGAACAUGAACUGAGGACGACAACGACUGAAGUUACAUUUACAGGAAAUAUCAAAUUACACAAAAUAAAGACCAAAAAAAUAAAAAAAUGACUUAUUUGGAUUCAGAGCAGAUUCAGAAGAACCUGAGGAGGACAAAAGUGAAUAAAUAUCAAUUAAACAAAAUAAAGACAAAAAAAAAAACAUGUAUUUUUAUUUUUACUGCAUCAGGCCACAUUAAUAAGAAACUGAGGAGGACCAGGACAUAAUACAUGCCUUUCAAAAUAAGAUAUUUUCCAAAAUAAAAGACCUGUCAAACAUCAGACACACACUAAAUAUUUUGACCAGCUGUUUGUGACCCGUCCAGAAUGUGUCCACGACCCACUUUUGGGUCAGGACCCACAGGUUGAGAACCACAGCUCUGACUGAUCCCGCUCAUGUUCUCUGUUCUCAGUUUUUCCUGGGAGGAGGUGGCGGUCCACGGUCGGGGGGUCAGACUCCUGGCUGUGGGGUCUGAGUGUGAGCUGAAGCUGCUGGAGGUGGAGCGAUCGGCCUCCAUCUCUCUGACCCCUGUGACUGACUGUCCUGCUGAGCGUCUGCUGCAGACCGUCAGGGAUCAGGACCAAGGUGAGGACCAGGACCUGGACCAUCAGAGUCCGACCUUCAUUAAAAACCUGAAUGUUGAAACACUGACGGGGUUUUCAUCUCCAGGUGUGUGUGAGCUGCAGUCGCUCCAGGUUUUGUCUCACACUGCGGGCCGCUGCUGCCUGCUGCUGAACUCUGAUUGGCUGCUGCAGCUGCAGUAUCAUCAGGAGGAGGAGGAGCUACAGACGACGUCCUGCUGCAGGAUCCAGCUGAGUGACAGUGAGAGAGACGCCGCCACCGCCGCCGCCGUUCAUCAGUGUGUCUGCAGAGAGACGCUCUUCACCCUCAGCAGCACAGGAACCAUCUGUAUCCUGACUUUGAUGAUAACACACACACACACACACACACACACACACACACACACACACACUCUGAUCACCUCCUCCUCUGACAUAGAUGCUGCGUCCCUCACAAAGACUCUGUGACACUGUAGAUAACUCUUUACACAAACAUUAAACUGACAACCAGAAGAGUCAAAUUAAAGGGAUAUUCUGACGUAAAAUUAAUUUAGGGUCAAACCCACCGUAACACCGAGUUAGACCCCCCCUCCAGAGAUGAAUGUUGCCGACCGCUUGCUUCUCUAGUUAUACCAACUUUAGUAACGACCGCAGGAUAGUAAUACAGAGAGCCACGCCCCCAACCAAAACGCCACUCUAUAGCCACAAAUAAUGCUCAGAACAGCACCUAACUUCAUCAACAGGACAUAUAGGGUCACAGACAUAGUACUAUAUUCAGAAAACAUCAACUUAAGCGGGGGCGUUUCUCCACUUCUGUAGUCUAUAAGCUGGGCCAAUAAACUUCUACUGUAGUAAAAUGAAAAGGUAAAGGUGUUUUUAUUGAGCCGAAUUAUCAAUAAAAUCAUGAUUUUGUUAACAGGUAUGGAUUUAUGUGCUGUCGAGUUAAUAUAUUUGAACAAGAGCACAGUAAAGUUAAAUCAGCUAAUUUUCCAAUGAGGUUUUGUUACUGAACGGAACUACACCAUGUUCUACUGAGGUUAGUACAUAUAGGGUCACAGCCAUAGUACUAGACACCAAACAUCUUUUUAACUUUGACUCAUUUCUUUAGCAAAGAGACUAAACACAACUCACCUACUCUCUUCCAGCAGACGCUUGUUUGUAGAGAGACCUCAGGCCAGUCCAUUACGGACUACAGCGGGGUGCCGCAGCUCAAGGAAGAACAUUUAUGAUUAUUUCUUCAUCAUUUCCUUGAAGUAAUAAUCAUCAUAUUGAUCAUUUUACAGACGCGGUAGUUCUUCUGUCUUAGCGUCUCCGUCUGAUGAAGAAAUGAUCUCGACUUUCUUAUACGAAAUCUUGUGCGCCUGAUAAUAUCUUGUCCGCCUGUUUUUCAGCUGAUUUCUUGACUGUUUUUAUCUUGUUCUUAUAUGAUCUUGAUUUCUCAUCGUCACAUUUAAACGUCUUUUUUUCAGGAUUUUAUGGUCGUUGGAAAAUGUCGAUAUCUUUUCGGCUUAAGUAACUCGUGCAGAUCUUGAUCUCCUCCUCCCGCUGAAGUCGGUGUGAGCUCACACUUGUUGUUCACGUCUGUCUCUAUUCGCUCUUUUCUGAUUGGUCGAUUUCUCAGACUCUCAUCCCGAUGGCGGCCUGAUUAUUAAAACUGACGCUGCCAUGACAGGAUGACACCGACACGACUCAUCGUCUUUGGAGGAAAUCAGCGAAUUUCAGGAAACUCUGAAGUUAGCUGCUGUUCUGAGCAUUAUCUGUGGCUAUAGAGUGGCGUUUUGGUUGGGGGCGUGGCUCUCUGUAUUUCUAUCCUGCGGUCGUUACUAAAGUUGGUAUAACUAGAGAAGGAAGCGGUCGACAACAUUCAUCUGUGGAGGCGGGGUCUAACUCGGUGUUACCGUGGGUUUGACUCUAAAUUAAUUUGACAGAAUCUCCCUUUAAACUUCAGCUGAGCUUUGAUUUCUUCUCUGACAGACGCUGUGAAUAAAAAGCGUUCAGGUACAGAGGGAGUUAAAUUCCCGUUAAAUUCAGGAGUGCAGGUGUUCUCUCGUGUCCCGUCUCUGAGGACUCCUCUUUAACUCAGACCUGCAGCCGUGUUCAGCGUCUCUGAUGGACGCCUGCUCGCCACCGUCGACCUCCCCGCCUACCUGAACUCCAGCCCUGAGGAGGAAGACCCCAUCUCCUCCUCUUCCUCCUUCUUGUCCUCCUCUCCCUCCUUCUGCCUCCUUCAGGUGUCAGCUGAUCUCAGUACAGCCGUCGCCGUCACUCAGACGCAGAGCGCCGUGGCGGUUGACCUCAAUCAUUACUUCAGGUACAGCUGCAGGGGAGCAUGAACCCCCUUCAGUUAUUUUUCAUGUUUGUCUCUCUGCUCACUGAACGCUCGUGGAGGCGUGUCCAUCGCCCGCUCGUCUGUUUCUGCCUCGUUUCAUUGGCUCUGAUUGUUUCCGACUCAGCUGGCGGGAAAAUAAACGCAGAGAUGCAGAUCCGAUGAUCCGUUUGAGUUCUUGGUGUUCAGUCAGAGCAGAAACAAACGAACCUCACUCUGAGACUUCUGUCCCCUCAGGAUCUUUCCGGACCACCUGCUGUGCGCCGCCCCCCUGUCUCGCCCUCCUCUGCAGCCUCAGCAGCUCUGGGACCAGGACUGCCUGUCCAGCGCCGACUGCAGCCUCUCUGCCCUCAGACCGAGCUUCAGCGCCGACCGGUAAACUAAGACCCGGACUCUGGGGGAUCAGUGUUCGGGUUUCUCAUGAGACCACAAUCAGACACAAACAGACACAAUCUUAGGGAGGCGGUGAUCGGCUGAUUCUGACAUAUGAAACCGAUUUUAUCCUCCGAUCUUAUCGACCUCAGCAAAGGUCUGAAAGUCUGCCAGAAUAACAGUCCCGCCCACCAGGUCACACGUGCACACACACGCGUCAGCGCCAAGGAAGCGUGAUCAGCUGAGCUUGUUGAAGCGGCUCCAAGGAAACCUCAAACUCAGGACAGUUUAUUGGUGGUUGAAGUUGUUAGUUUGUCCUGUAGAUGAUUAUUUUUAUAACUUCCUCAAACUUUGAUUUCCUUUAUUUGUAAAAGUAAAAAACUGCUUUAGAAAGAGGCUCGAAACAGUCCGACCUGGUGGGUCAGUUCUGUUAAAGGUGUUGUAGUCAGGAAUGUAAACUCUACCCCUCCCAACCAGUUUUCCCCUCAGCUCCUCCUCUCCCCUCAAGCCCCGCCCACAAACAGACGCUCCUGCUCGCUCGUAUCAUUCCAAUUAAAUUCAGAUAUAAUGCAGAUAAAUACUUCAGAUCAUUACAAAUGAAAGGUUACAGGGUCACCAAGAUCCCCAAGCGUCCCCCAUGGUUUAUGUUGACCCGGCUUUUUAGCUCUUGUCUGGUCUACCUCCGUUUUAAGCGCCCGUUAUUCCUCCAGAGUCUCCGGUAUUUACUUUGUUUUCUUGCUU